AACUCGGCGGUGUUCGACAAAUAUGGCAAACCCCCCACCAACACCCCCCAUGUACCGCGAUCCUUGGGCGAAGAAGGAGGCGUGGAGAAAACACCCGGUCUUCGCGAGGCGCGCAUUGCUGGGAAGCAUGUUUCCAGGUUUCGGCGUAGCUGUUGUCGCAUUUACAACUUACGUUGUCAUCGAUAAUUUCUUUUUGCAACAACAGGAGUCAGAACACAAACACUAGAAUAACUCGUCCAGCUAUUCUCGUGUAUAUAUUGACUUAAUACGAGUUCCUCACAAUCAUCUCCUAUCUCACUGUCUCAGGAAUUUGGCUAUGCACGCAGCUAUUCGUGGCAACGUAUCACAUCUGUCAACGUGCCCUCUUCUGCUCCGCACUCAGCUAAUUGAUUAUUUACCUUUGCUGAUAUACAAAGCCACAAGUCCUUCAUAGAUCCGAAACACUGUCUGCGCCUCAGCUACGCUACAUCUCUGGAUUCCCUUACUUCCGGUUGUGACUUGCCGAUUUUACAAACUACGUUCAAUCACAAGCAAUCGUUCUUAUCUUUGCCGAUGCCUUGCCAGCGUGUCAUCGUGGAACCUGUCAAGGCUUUGUUAUAAUUGAAAUGCUUCAGUCGAUGUUGAAAUGCUGUAGGCACUUCAGUUAUGACGGACAGACUUCACAUCUACAAAUGGCCCAGGCGUCUUGUCGGUACUGCUCAAUUUUUUUUUCCAGAUAUGAAGGCAGUGGCCUUGGAUAUGGCGUAAGCCCGGAGUUCAAACUUCAAUGCCGACAGGAUCAGGCGCACACAGGAGCAGAAGGCAAGCGCGUUUCGAUCCAAGAUGUCUUAUCAACGAUAGUCGGGCUCAUGAGUGUACAAUCUCUUUUUCUUUGCGCUCACGGCUUACCCUGCAUCUCUUCUCUGCGAGACCUCAUGGCACCGGCGACUCCCAGUGUUGCCGUUCAAAACACAGUCUCUUCUACAUACGCGAACCUGCGUAUUUUUUUCCAGGCACUGGACAGCGCACUAAGCCACUGUCAGCUUCAGCAACGAUUUGGACUCUCCGAAUUUAUUCAUGCUUACAUAUACAUCAUGAUUGAUGUGGUUGGAAGAGGAGCCCGGUAUAAAACAUCGUCGUCUAUCUGUCAGCCGUAGACAUCCGCGGAUGUUUAACUAGGCGACGGGUUACUGAAUGAUCUUUACACAGGAUCCAGUGCAGUCAUGGGACCGGUUGUCUUACGAGGCUGCUUUUCAUUCGGCAGAGUCGUCACAGUAGAGCCACUCCCCGCGUGCACCUUCGUUGUCUUGUCCUUCGUGAUAAGAGGCCCGGGUUCAAGCAAACAAGAACUCCAUACCGU